ACUUGGAGGUGUAACGUGAGGCUGAAAGCUCAGAUGCGUGUCUCCCGCUCAGUGCGUAUACGUUUGCAGCCCUGUAGCCAGCAGCCGCAGCCAGCAGUUUUGAGUUGUAAACGGAUCUUUUACCAAAAAAUGCAAGGGAAUGUGGAGGAAUUUAAGAACUUCCACACCAUGCUUGUGAAACUGGCUUCACAGGUCUCCACUGAGAUUGCAGACAUUGUUAAUGCUCUGCUUGCAGACCUGCUGGAUGCCAAGAUUGAACCCGAGGAGUUUGCCAGCCGAAUGCACACUGGCCUCAUGACACCCCUUCAUCCUCGACAUGUGCUGAUUAUCAAGGAAUUCCUCUCAGCCCUCAAAUUGUCUCCUGCCACUGUGGCUAGGCCAGAUGGUGGCAGACGGUACUCUGACAGUGUCAGCAGCUCAGGUGCACCGCCUGCUGGAACACCUGGACACGCGGCUGCCAUGAAAAUGCGGGAAAAUGUGAAGAAAUGUAAGAAUAUUCUGCGCAUGCUCAUGAAAGAGACGUCUCACGUCCCUCCUUCUUCUGAGCUUGCAGACAUUAACAAUGUUAGAGCUCUGAUUCAAGACCUGCUGGAUGCCAAGACUGAACCUGAGGAGUUUGCCUGCAAACUGGACGUUGACCUCAAGAUGCCUGACCUGGUGCCUUUUCUCAAGGAAAACCUACCAUCCCUCAGAUUGUUUCUGCUGAUCACUCAGCAGAAACUGUUCAUGCCCCUGCAGCAGGAAGUCAAAACAGAAGGUGGCAGGACCCCUCCUGCUACCGUGGCUAGGCCAGAUGUUGGCAGACGGUACUCUGACAGUGUCAGCAGCACAGGUGCACUACCUGCUGGAACACCUGGACACGUGAAUGCCGUGGUGGUGAAGACUGAAGUGACUGACGGGGACCAAGACCAGAUGGCUUCUCAGUCCAUCAUACAGCAAGGAACAAUUCCAGUGAGCCUGCCUGCUCAAAUCUCCACAGAUCAGAUGGACAAGAUGAAUGACCCUGAAGAAGGCUCUUUCAGUGACAAACACUGCCGCAUUGUGCACUGUUUGAUUUGUCACGAGCCGCAGGACAUGCUGCUUGCACACUUGGGCAGUGUGUGCAUGAGAAACAGCACACCUGAGGAGAGAAUUGAGGAACUGCAAAAGGCCACAGAGUCCAUGAAGAAAUGGGUCCGCCAAGGAAGGUCCUGGAAUUAUGACGAAAUGUGUAAACGCUUCCCCGAUAAGUCCUGCAGACAUGCACUUGUUUCAGAUCUUUUGAAAAUGGGCUUUUUUGUGCAAAACGCCCCUCAUCCCGCUGACAUGGUAGUGGAUUUAGCUGUAGAGCUCCAACCCUCCUGCAGCUUUGCCACAAUAGCCACCAGUGACAGAAGAGGUGCCAGUAGCAGUGCCAAGGAGAAUCCCAGUUAUGGGGAGAGUGAUUCUAAAGGUGGCCCGUCCUGGCAAAAUUUGGACGAAUCAAUUCAAGGGAGGAGUAAGGCACUAAAGAGGGCCAGAGAUGUCAGUGAUGAAGAUGCCACUAAGUAUGGCAAACGUGAAGAGCACCACUUGUCAGUAGCUUACAGAAGUCAUUCAAGUGGGACUCAGUUAACAAAGCAGAUCAACAAUGGGUACACCGCCAAUUACCCCCGUCCAGAGGACGUUGUCGACAAGCGAAAGCCACCACAGAGGAGUGACACACAAAAUGCCCCAGACAUCAAAACCGAGAAUAUCCAACAGCAACUCUCUGGUCCUGCCAUGAGAUACUUUAGGGAUCCAUGAGGACAAGGGGUUGUUGCCACCAGGGGUUUUCCCAUAGCUCCAUUAGCUGGGAUGCCCAUGGAACGAUCACCAAGAUGGGAGAGCAGAUGCUGGACCAAACGGGAUGAGCUGUUUUUUUUCCAACCAAAAUAGCAAUGAUCAAAACUGUAUUUCUUUCCUUGUAGCUCUUUUUUUUAGACAUCCGGGGUUUUCGAGGUGGGGUGGGGUGGAGGUGGGGGUCUUCUCGUAGUGCUGCUGCAGCUUGUACUAAUAAUGGCUUUAGUCCUCUUUUUCUGCCCUGACUCAGCACCGUUCGUGAGUGGGGGACAGGAUUUACCGUAAUAACACCAACUGGACUUUAAAGCACAACUUUUCUUCUUUUAAAACCUGUUUGAAUUUUUCUGAUGGCACAAAACUUUGCUUAGGUACGGUAAUUCAAAGCCAGCAUGUAAACCGUGUCAGAGUUUGGUGUUCUAGUGGUGUAGUAUUGGCGUAGUCAUCUUAGGAUAACAAAGCUGGGAAAACACUUCAUGCAUGUUUUGUUAAUAAAUAGAUUUGAAAGCAAA